UCGUUAGGUUGACCGGGCUGUAGAGCCCUGCGGUUGCGGACGGUGCAGUUGGCAUACCAGGCGGUGAUACAGCUCGACAGAAUGCUCUUGAUGGUGGAUCUGUAGAGGUUUGUGAGGGUCUUAGCUUUUGAUCCUCUUCACAGCCCCGUCAAUGUGGAUGGGACGUGCUCUCUUUUCUGUCAUGUAGUUCACGAUCAGCUCCUUCGUUUUGUUGACGUUGAGUGUGAGGUUAUUUUCCUGGCACCACUCCGCCAGGGCUCUCACCUCCUCCCUGUAGGCUGUCUCGUCGUUGUUAGUAAUCAGGCCUACCCCUGUUGUGUCAUCAGCAAACUUGAUGAUUGAGUUGGAGACCUGCGUGACAAUGCAGUCAUGGGUGAACAUGGAGUACAGGAGGGAGCUGAGCAUGAACCACUGUGGGGCCCCUGUAUUGAGGAUCAGCGUGGCUGAGGUGUUGUUGCCUACCUUCAACACCUGCUGUCGGCCAGUCAGGAAUAGGACCCAGUUGCACAGGGCAGGGUUCAGACCCAGGGCCCUGAGCUUAGAGAUGAGCUUUGACUAAUAUGUAAUUAUCAUUAUCAUGUAAUUUCUAUCAUGUAAAAAGCAGAAUGUAAAAUAAACCAUGACUGCUCCCUCUCUUCUCUCCCCCUCUGUAAACAUAGCCUAUAGAAAAUGUGAGUUAUUAGAGAUAACAUGCAGAUUAAUAAAAUAGGCUAGACUUACUUCAUAUUUAUGACAUGCAUUACAUUCCCAAAUGUGUGCCCAGUUCAGCACUGAAGUCUGCAUGGUUUCCAUGAAAUACGUGCCAAAGUUCUCCUACACCCCCUCCCCCAUGAUAUUCCUUGGUUGUCUGUUUUCUUAAAGUGGAUUCGGGGAAGUGUUGAGGGGGCGGAUAGUUUUGAUUUUCCUUGCAUCAUGCUUAGCCAAUAAUGUUGAGGGAUCUGUUGUGCACAUCUCAGCUGGCAGACAUUUAAAAAGGAGACAGUCCGGCGCUGCAGCAUUUUGUAUUGAAACUCCAGCCGCUUUCUAUGGAAUCGUUAACGACUCCAGACUCCCACCAACGCGCGCCCCGUCUGCAGUACUACAGUCUCCACCAUUAGCUGCCUAUUUCCUCGGGAGAUUUCAUAAAAAGACCCACUACAGAUUAUUUCAUUUGCGCCUACUUGGAGCUUUUGACAGGAUGGCCAGAUCGGCGCGUAUCCUCUGUGGCAUGGUUUUCGUCCUUGGGCUGCUGUCAUCUCCAGUGGUUUCCAAAAGGAUCAGGGGCUCCCAAGGCGCCAUCCCUCAUCCUGACAAAAACAACCCAAACGAAUCGGAGCAGCAACCACAGACACCGCAGGCGGGCUCUGGUUCCCGAGGGCGGGGAAAGAGCUCUGCUGCACCGGCUGAGGAGGUGCUGGAGUCCAGCCAAGAAGCGUUGCAUGUCACGGAACGCCGCUAUCUGAAACGUGACUGGUGCAAGACCCAGCCACUCAAACAGACCAUCCACGAGGAGGGCUGCAUCAGCCGCACCAUCAUUAACAGGUUCUGCUACGGACAGUGUAAUUCUUUUUACAUCCCCAGACAUGUCCGCAGGGAAGAGGGAGCCUUCCAGUCUUGUUCAUUCUGCAAGCCGAAACGAUUUACAACCAUGACCUACACUUUGAACUGCCCGGACCAGCAGCCGCCCACCAAGAAGAAGCGCAUCCAGCGCGUAAAGCAGUGCCGCUGCAUAUCCAUAGAAUUGGACUAGUCCUGUGGUGUGAUUGACCGGGAUGCAGCCAAUAAGUCUGCUCAUCAUACCGCUAUUGGAUUGCUCACAUGAACGAAAAAACCCAUAUGACUGACUGGGAGCAUAUUUCCCUCUUCCAAAUAUGGGAAAAUGUUCAAUCUGCAAGGAAAGUAAUAAAUUACAAACAUGUGCAUCCCAUGUUAUAGGCUUGUGUAGAUAGGCCUAUACGUGGGCAUACUAUUUUGUAAACAAAGCCUGCUGUACCAUAUACUUUUAUGUGUCAAAUGUUGUAUUAAUCAAAUUGCAAUAGCAGCCUGUGGCAAGCAACGUUGCAUGGUAUAAUAACAUGGAAUGAACACAACAAGCUGCCGAUUGACUUGUAACCAAGCGCACGGCUUUUCCAACCUCCGCAAAUAGGACUGCAGAACCAUUUCACAGAGGAUGUUUACACUCUUUUUUCAGAAACAUUCUUAGGCAAUCACAACACAUUUCAAUGGAAGGGACUAUGACGGACAAUGCAUUUAAAUAAUGGUUGAAGACUAGUUUCCACUAUGUGGAAUUCGAAGAUAAGUGACGACUAUUUAAUGUGGCAAGAAUGCUCCACUGAUUUGUGACUCCAAUGUUCGGUAUAGCCUAGCGGAGAAAAGAGAGCUUUUGUAAAGUAUGCUAGGCCUAUACCUAUGUUCGACGCUAUAAAUCGAAACAAACAAAAUGUUUGUAUUAGUUUGACAUUUAAAUAAAAAUGGUCGAUUUUCACUGAAUGUAUAAAACAUUAUGAACUCCUGCUUUUUCAGUGACAGACUGACCAGGUGAAUCCAGGUGAAAGCUAGGAUCCCUUAUUGUUGUCACUUGUUAAAUCCAUUCCAAUUAGUGUAGAUGAAGGGGAGGAGACAGGCCAAAGAUGGAUUUUUAAGCCUUGAGACAAUUGUGUUUGUGUGCCAUUCACAAACUAUUUAGGUGCCUUUGAACGGGGUAUGUAGGUGCCAGGGGCACCGGGUUGUUUCAAGAACUGCAAAGCUGCUGGGGUUUUCACGCUCAACAGUUUCCCGUGUGUAUCAAGAAUGGUCCACCACCCAAAGGACAUCCAACCAACUUGACACAACUGUGGGAAGAAUUGGAGGGGGAUGGGGUGCAACUCAAUAUUAGGAAGGUGUUCUUAAUGUUUUGUACACUCCGUGUACAUAAUUGUUUAUAAUGCUAUAGAUGGAAGCGUUUCUUUUAGUUUUAAAAUGUUAUUCAUACACCAAUUGUAUAUGCAACCGGUUUGAUAAUUAUAUCAAAGCAAGUGAUCCACAAAACAAAAUAAACAGUUAUUGACAUUG